AUAUGCACCAUUCUCCAUGCUGAUAUUUUGCACCACCACCAUCACCAAUGAACAGACCCACCACCCGCCACCGGCCCGCUCUUAAAAAUAAGCCAAAACCACCGUCCAUAAACAGUCAUUCUCCCAACGGCGUCGUCACAAAGCACAGAGAUUCUUCAGAUAUGAAGAAAUCAUCAUCUUCCUCUGCUAAAAACUUGUGUUCUUGCCUUGGUAAUGCACGUUUCUUGAAAUGGAGGGUCGGUGACAUAUGUGGUGUGGUAGUGCACCACCCCGUACCCUGCAUCUUCGCCGCCUUAUUACUGUUUUUCAUGGCGGUUGAGUACACUCUCCGCAUGGUCCCGCCCACCGCGCCGCCGUUUGAUCUCGGGUUUAUUGUCACCAAAAACCUCCAUCGUUUACUCGAAUCUCGACCGGCUCUCAACACGAUUCUCGCUGGCCUCAAUACGGUUUUCGUAGGAAUGCAAACCACGUACAUACUAUGGACGUGGCUAAUGGAGGGUCGACCGAGGGCAAAGAUCUCAGCUUUGUUCAUGUUCACAUGCAGGGGAAUACUUGGAUAUGUCACACAGCUAUCAUUGCCCGAGGGAUUCUUGGGUUCGGGUGCGGAUUUUCCGAUUGGAAAUGUUUCAUUUUUCUUGUUUUAUUCGGGGCAUGUGGCUGCAUCGAUUAUUGCAUCUCUGGAUAUGAAACGAAUGAAAAGAUGGGAAUUGUCUUAUACAUUUGACAUUCUAAAUGUUUUACAAGUGAUAAGAUUGUUGAGUACGCGAGGUCAUUACACAAUCGACCUGGCUGUUGGCAUUGGUGCAGGAAUACUAUUUGAUUCUCUGGCCGGAAAGUAUGAAGAUAGCAAGAAAAGAGAAGCGUCGUUAGUCACUAGUGCCACCACCCAUGGUUCUUUCUACAACUCUCAGAAAGAACGAAAUGGUGAGUUGUUGGGUUAGGAAAGAACCAGAAAUUUGGUCUUUAUCUAGUGAAGAUUCUAGUGUUGCUUGGAAAAUUUAAAAGUUAAGGCCAAUUUCUCCUAUCCGUGAUUAAAGUUGAUAUCCUAGUUUGGAUUACUUGGGUUUUUUCUUCCUACCGAACUUUUGAAACGAUUAUCUUUCUUUCAAUAAUGUAAAUCAUGUCAAUAAAAUCUUUCUUUCAAUAAUGUAAUGGUGGGUAUCUUAGCAUUCACAUGUGCUACAUACACGUACAAACGUGAAUUCCGGAAGAAAUUGAAGAAUUUUUUAAGAAUCU